GAUAGAAUACAAAUACACAAAUAAAAAAAUGCGCUUAUAAUUGAAUGAGAAGUUCAAAAAACUCAUUCCAAACGGUACAAAUUCUCUAGAAAACUGGUUUUUUUGGAAAUCUUAUCCUUGCUGAAAAUUCUACCAUAGAUGCGAUGCGUGCUGUGGAAUCUAUUCGAAGUUUUCAUUCUUAUGGUUAGAGAGAUAUUCGCUAAUUAGUUUUUUAUUAAUUAAUAGUCAGUUGGAAGAGUCAACUUUUUUUUUACAUAUGUUCAUGUUUAAAGAACUUAGAAAAAUAAAGUUUGUAAAUGAUUCAAAUCAAGUGACAGGUGAAUAUGCCCCAUUUUGCCUCAUAUCGACUAGAAAAUGCCUAGGAGGAUUGGACGUAAGGUACGAUCUAAUUAAGACAUCAAUUAUAAUUUUCCUUUGACACUUUAUUAAUCCGCAAAAGUGUAAGUUUUGCACUGUCAUUUGAAACUUUAUCGAUAUCAAUGCUUGAAUCAGACCAAUUUGUCUGCAAAACUUCAGAAUUUCGGAAUAAAUUAUAUUCGAAGCAUUCGUAAUGUUAGCAGAAAGAUGCUUUUCUUUUGCAAAAAUUAUACCCCUAAGAUAAUGCGUUAACAAAUCCUGAAUUUUCAUAGACGAACUAAUCUGAUCGAGGUGUUAAUGUGAACAUAGCGUCAAGUCGAUAUUCAAAACUUUUUAUGUUACUGGGAAAAUAAAGCGCUAAACGAUGAUUGUACCCAAUAUCUCAACUAAAUCUGAAUUUGCGCUCAUAUUUUCUCAAUUUUUUCUAUUAUAGCAUUACUAUUCAAUACGAAUAAUUUAUCCUAAAUAAUCGAAGUUUUUGAAUUAAUAUUUUGAAUAACAUUUGAAAAAUUUUUCUUUAGAUGCAACUGCAACAAUUCUUUCAUUACAAGAACAAUUAGCAAAAUAUCAAAAUAAUGAAUCCAUACUUGCACAAAAUCUUGAACAACUUAAUCAAAAAUUACUUGAUGUUUAUAAACAAUGUGAAGAAUUUCGUGAACAUAAUGCACAAUUAAUUCUAUCAAAACAACAAGUUGAUAAACAAUUAGAAGAACAAGAAAAAGAACUAAAAGAAUAUCGAUCAACCAUCAAGAAUUCCAAGCAACAUUUAGAUCAACAUAUUGAUUCAUCGACAGAAAAUCUUUCGGUUGAUCAUGUAAAUCGAGAACAUGAUGAAGAAAUUAAUCGAUUACGUACAGAAAUUUCUACUCUAACUAAUAAAUGUGUUGAACUUGAUGAAGCGAAUUGUACAUGGAAACAAUUUCAACAAGCUCAACUUAAUAAUUUUAGAAAUAAACUUCAUGAUUAUGUUAUAUUAGAUAAAAAUAUUUCAUUGGAUCAAACAGCUCAAAUUAUUAUUGAUCAAAUUAUUAAAGAUCGAGAAGAUUUUAAUCAACAAUAUGAAAUAUUACAAAAAACAAAUGAUGAACUUCGAUCAGAAUCAGAAAAUAAUUUAGAAACAAUUAAACAAUCUUAUAUAAAUACAGUUAAUGAACUUAAUCAAGAAUUACUUAUUAUAAAAGAAGAACUUGAAAAACAAACUAAUAAUUUCAAUCAACAACAAUUCAUUGAAUCACCUGAACAAUCAUUAGAAGAGGUUCCUCUUGAUACAACUACACAGAAUGUUGAAAACGAAAUACCUUCUACUGAUGAUAAUAGUCUUGCAUGGCAACAAGUAUUAAUUGAAAUUCUACGAAAUGAACUAGAAGAUUAUCUACCAAUUGAUUAUAAUGCUUCAGUUAACAAAAUUAUUCAACAAAUUGUUGAAGAAAUAAGAAAAGAACGAGAAAAUUCCAAUGACCGUUAUGAAGCAUUAGAACAAAUAAAUGAUCAACUUCGAUUAGAAUCAGAAAAUAAUAUGGAAUCAAUUCGUCAAUCUUACAUAAAUACUGUUAAUGAACUUGAUCAAGAAUUACUUAUAAUGAGAGAACAAUGCGAAAAACUUCAUCGAAUAAAUACAGAACUUGUUAUUGAAAAUGAAAACUUAAAUAAUCAAUUGAAUGAUCGAUCUAUAGUUGUUGGCCAUCAUUCUGCAACAGAACCAAGUUUUCUUGAACAACAAAAUUUAAUUAAAAAUAACCAACAGUUUCAACUUCAAUCAACAAAUAUUCAAAAUGAUAAUCUAUUCGCAACAAUUGAUCAAUAUACUCAAUAUGAACAAAAAGAACCAAAUCAUAUUGCUACUGAAACAAUUCCAUUAAUUUAUAAACAUCACCAAACACAAAUUGAUCCAAUUGAUAUCAAUCAUCAACAAAGUCAAACAGAAAUAUAUUACAAUUUAUGGCCUUCGUCCGAUGAUGAAAUUCCUUCAGAUACAACUGAAAAUAAUGAUCAAUUAAAUGAAUAUAUCAAUGAAAUAUCAUUUCAAUCAUCUAUAGAUCUUUCCAAUUAUCUUAAUAAAGAAUGUCAACAAAUUUUAUCUAAACAAAAUUUAAAUUUAACUUCAAUUCCAAAUCUUGAACUUAAUCAUUUAGCAUUAAUUACAAUUUAUUUUCUUCAUAAUCAACAUUUAUCUGAUAAUGUUAAACAAUUAUAUAAUGAAACUGUUAUACGAGCAUUACAACAAGAAUAUAAUUUGUUAACUAAUGAAAAAAAUGAUUUAAUUGAACAAUUAAAUUCUAUGCAAGAAAAAUUUCAACAAAUUGAAUAUGAACGUUUAAAUUUACAAGAAAUAAUUAAAAAUUUAAAUGAAAAAAAUUAUGAACAAUUAGAAAAAGAAUAUAAUCAACUUAUGAAUGAAAAUCAAUUAUUAAAAGAUUAUAAUGCACAAAUCUAUCAAGAUAAAUUACAACAAGAAAUUGAACGUGAUUCUAUCGAAAUCAAAUCAUCACAUAAUGUUGAGAUUCAAUGUGAUUUAACUAAUCAAAUUGAAUUAUCAAAAUCGAAAAAAUCAAUUUUAAAUAAUAAUUUGAAUGAAGACAUUACAAUACAACAUAUAUCAAUGGAAGAACCAUCAUCAAAUGAACAAGAAAUCACUCGAUUAAAAACAGUUAUUGAAGAAAUUCAAAUUGAAAAUAAAAAUCUAAAAGAUAUAAAUUCAAAAUUAUAUAAUUCCAUCAAUAAUCAACAAUAUGAUAGUAAUCAAAUAUCAUCCAAAGAAAAUAUUUUAUCCGAAAAAGAACAAACUGAAGAUAAUGAUUGGAAUAAUCAAAGUUCACCAUUAGAAUUUCCUUUAGAAGAAUCUAAUCUUUCUAUUAUUACUCAAGAAAAUCUUAGCAAACAAAUGAUUGAUAAUGAAACUCAAACUGAUGAUCAACAACAUGAUAAACUUGUACAAGUUAAUAGUAAACUUAAACGUGCACUUCAGACUAUUAAAGAAAAAAUUCAUCAUAUUGCUAUUGAACGACCUGAAUUAUUUGUUGAUUCAACUGAUGAUACGAUUGAACGACUUGAUCAUUUAAUUUCUGCUAUCGGACACCAAGCAGCACAAAUCGAUCUUUUAAAAACUGAACCAAUUGUUUCACCCUCAAUACUUCUGUAUGUAUUAUAA